AUACACUUCCGCAGCGAGUUCGCGUGAGGAUCGUUACAUGAAGUCCUUCAAAUCAUCGUAUCGCGAAAAACGACAUCCUCUUGAAAACUUAUUCAAUUUUGCAAAAAGAUGAUGAUCACUCGAAAUCAAAUUCGAAUUUUGGAAAAGAUGUUCCAGUACCAUUUAAUUAAAGUGUUCCAAAAUAUUUUCGAUCAUUGGAAUUAUACGAGUACGAGCAUCGUUACUUCGGUUGAACACAGGAAAACAGCCACGUAGUUUAUUUUUGCAACUGGUAAUAUACAACUUCUAUACGCAGCUGCAAUUCGACGAUGAAUUCUUUUUUCUGAACCAACAUUUUCAACAUUCAAAAAAAGAUGGCAAGAUCUUACGAGCUUCAUUCUUACGACGACGAAUAUAUUUCUUUAAUCAUCAACACUUCGAAAUUAUAUGGAAUGAAAUAUAUAGUAUUCGUAUACGCCCAAUCGAUAGAAGAAAUGGAAGUGACAACAACGAUAUUCAAAUGGACUCGUGUACUAUCUCGCGAAGGUUUUACCAUUUCGAACUUGUACUUUUCAGAAUUAAAGGAAUCAUCGUGCUACAUAAAAAUGCGAAUUGUACACCCGUAUUACAUUCCAAUUAUAUCUAGUUACAACGCGAUUAAACAGUUCUCCUUAGCAACUACUACCAUCGACAUGUCUUACGUUGUGUGGCUUGUGUUAUUCGUUUACAAGGGAUAUGGUUUUGAUUAUUGUCACAAUCCACCAGUUCCAGAUUCUCUUUACGAGAGAAGACAUAAUUUACACGGUCUGACCAUGAGAGCCGUUAUAGUCAAGGAUUCGCCAUUCGUAAAUAUUAAUAAGAAUAACGAAUUAGAGGGCGUAUUCGGCAGGGUAUUAAAAGAACUUUCCGUCACACUUAAUUUUAGUUUGAAGAUCGUUUCGAAAGUGAACGAAUAUGGACGAUGGAAUCCGAAAGAGAAUACUUGGUCAGGAGCGAUCGGUGAAAUAUACGCAGGACGUGCUGACAUAUCUAUAUCAGAUUUUUCUAUGACCAGUGCAAGAUUGAAUGUAGUUGAUUUCACUAUGCCGCUUGUUUUUUCGAAAAAUUGUAUUUUCAUCAAGGAACCAAACAAAUUCGCGAUCAAAUGGUCAUCUUAUUUUCAAACUUUCUCCCAUUCCGUUUGGAUUGCCAUGUUUGGAGUAUUAGUUCUUGCAAUGAUCGUAUUAGUUUUUCUUAAAAGAAAAAAUGGUACAGAUCGUAACAUAGGACAGUUAUUGUCCGAUAAUUUUCUUGAGAUUUGGGGUAUAUUCUGUCAACAGGGACUAGCAGAUUUUCCAGAUAGAUUUUCGUUAAGAAUAGCAUACUUCUCUAUAUUUCUUUUGGCUGUUGUUUUAUCGGCCGCUUAUUCCGCGGCUUUGAUAAGUUUUUUAACGUCCGUUAUGCAAACUUUACCUUUUCAUUCAUUAGAGGGUUUCGUUGAAGACGGUACUUAUCAAUUUGCUGUCCUUCGCGGUACAGCUGAUUACGAUAUAGUUGCAAAUGCAAAAGAUCCACUUGCAAAGAAAUUGAUGGAGUUGAUGCCGGAAGAAAAAAAAUUGCCGAUAACUCUAAAACAAGGGUUUAAUAGAAUUUGUAAAAAUCAAAAACUAGCGCUUUACACGUCAAUCGCAAAAAAGGAAGGUAUCAGAUUUAAAAUACCGUGUAACGUGAUUCCUAUUAGUGCAGGACGUAUAGAAAGUUUAGCUAUUAUAUUAUCUAAGCACAAUCCAUUCACAGAAGUUAUCAAUUUUCAUUUGCAGAAAUUUAUUAACAAUGGAAUGAUGAAUCGUUUAAAAGACGCGACAUUCAAAAAGAAAUUGAAUUUUAUGUUGAACCAUGAACCGGUUCAUUUAAGUAGCGUUAUAUCGCUCAUUUUCUUCAUCCUAAUUGGUAUAAUCACGAGUAUUUGCAUUCUUAUUAUAGAAAAAUAUAUUUUCGUUCGUAAAAGGAAGAUGUUGAUUGUACAUAAUAUAUUUUUGAAAAAAUCAUCGGGAUUUUAUGUGAAAAGGAAAAACAAUAUAAAAAAUAUUGUGAAAAACAAGGGAAGUCACAAAUGUACACGCGUGAAUUAAACACGACAGUGCUAAUUCUCAUUGUCAAGGAAUUUUUAUAUUCUGAUUGUAAUUUUCUGAAAGGAAUAGAAACACCUAUGCGCAUAUCUACGCUUUUGUAUUUUUUACCAUAGUUUAAAAUUUUAAAUAGAAUUUCUUCAAUUGAAAUUGAACGUUUGGAUCUGAUUUUCUUUAUUUGUCGAAUGCACGUAUAUACAUAUUUUAACUCUUUCGAAGCGUGUAUAUUUUUCGUCUUUACACGAAAUAUGAAAUAUGUGUCUUGUAUUAGAAACAAAACAAAAAAUUAUAUUCGCCAUUUUUAUGUAUGAGUCGCGAUAGGGCAGUAUUAUUGAAUCGCGAAUUUUUCAAUAAACAUAUUUUAAGAUAAGUUCACAUAAGAAUUAAUUAGUGUGUAAGAUAUAUGUGUUCUAACGUGUUACGAUGGGAAAUCAUAUAGCUCGAUUAUCGACCAGAAUGAAAUUAUAAAAUUAUUUUAAUGGGAGUGCAAUAUUAUUUUUAAGAUAUUACAUUUUACAUUUUUAUGUAAUA